AGUAUAUUCUCAUUGUUAAAAAUGAAGAAAUUAUCCAGACAAUUUUCGGAACCCACGCAGUUUGGCAGUUUGCACUUGAAGAGAAAGUUUUCUGUUGACUCUGCACUUUUGACGGAUUACAACAAGAAGCGAGAUGUCUGUGAUGUUUUUAAUCAAAUUGAUACUGUUAGGGUUAAUGGAGAGUUAGCAGGUGCAGCAUCAGAUACUGACAGCGAAGUUUCACAAGGAGGCAUGGCCGACCAUGCCGCCGAUGAAGAUAGAGUGACCAAAGAGACGGAGCGGCCUAAAGGACGUAAGGCAGCGAUUAUUGAAAGGCUCGAGAGUUUGUACAUUGAGGACCCUGACAGAGAGACCGGCGCCGCCGGAGAACUAGUAGAAGAAGUUGCGGAAGAAAACAAGUCACUCCUAUGGUUCCUGCUUAAGCAAGUAAGGCCAGGCAUGGACCUGAGCAAAGUCGUUCUGCCUACUUUUAUUCUAGAGCCCCGAUCUUUUCUCGACAAACUAUCUGAUAAUUACUACCAUGCGGAUAUGUUGACUCAAGCCCAAACUCUAGAAGACCCCUAUCUUCGUUUCAAAUGCGUGUUGCGAUGGUACCUCUCAGGGCUCUAUCGUAAGCCCAAAGGCCUUAAGAAACCAUACAACCCUGUCCUGGGAGAAUCGUUCCGCUGCCGUUGGAAACACAAGUCUACUGAUAACUACACUUAUUACAUUGCUGAGCAGGUUUCCCACCAUCCACCAAUGUCCGCGUUUUAUGUGUCCAAUAGGAAAGAAGGAUACAUCAUAGAAGGCAGUUUGCUCGCUAGGUCGAAAUUCUAUGGAAAUUCGACUUCAGCAAUUCUCGAAGGCGGGGCCAGGGUGCAUCUCCUAAACUGGGGAGAGACAUACUUUACAACAGCACCAUAUGCACACUGCAAAGGCAUUGUUAUAGGCACCUUGAGUAUGGAGUUGGGUGGAAAGAUUCAAGUUAUCUGCCAAGAAACAGGUUAUCAUGCUGACGUAGAGUUCAAAUUAAGGUCAUUCCUUGGCAGUUCUGAUCAAACGAACGCGAUAUCGGGGCGCAUUAAGAAAGGCAAGGACAUCAUCGCCGCUGUAGAGGGAUAUUGGGAUGGCAGAGUUGAGAUCAAAGACAAGAAGACGGGGGUGGCGGCGACGGAGCAGAAGACUAUAAUAGAGGAGCGCCAGCGUGAGUUAGCCCGCAGCGCAACCAACGCGUGGACGCCGAGGUUCUUCCACAAGGACUCCAGUACGAUGCCGCCAGAAGGAUUGAUCGAUCACGGUUGGAGAUAUAACUACGUGAAUACCGAAGCAUGGCAGUCUACCGAAGUGUACGAGUACGAAGAAGACUUCGUGAUCCGAUCAUUGUCGGGGCCGAGCAUAAGCCGGAUCAGCGAGGUAGGAUCGAGGCACUCCAAGUUGAACUUAAAACCUUGCAAACUGCAAAUCAAGCUCUCCGACUCGGAAAGCCACGACGAUGUGGCAAGACGCUCGAAAACUUCAAGCCGCACCCUGAAACAGUCCUUGCACGCAAUCGAUGCUUCCCUUCGCGAGCAAACAAUCGCUAUUGAGCGACUCUCGAAGACAGUCGAAUCCCUCAGCGAAGGGCAGCGAACCGCCACUCAAUUACAACCACGGAGUAUGGCCACAACUCACGGUUGGGACCUCUUUGGUGGAUUCGUGUUAGCAAUAGUCUUGCAAGCCUUACUUAAUUGGAUGUUCUAUAAUAAAGACUGAUUGCCAGAUAAAAAAACAAUUGCCAGGUUGUAAAUAAUAUUUGCCAGAUUUAAAAUAUAAAUAAUAUUUGCCAGAUUUUACAAAGAAUUAUGAAAAUUACGUGAAACAUUUUAGAAAUUAGUUUCUUUUUGUUAUUCAGGUGAAAAAUCCUAAAUGGGCAAGCGUAUUCUCUAGUGUAAUAUAAAAGCAAGCAAAUUCUGUGGUAAAUGUUUUCAGGGUAAGUGUGCCCCACGGGGUAAGUGUGUCCCGUGAAGUAAAACUAUCCAAUGGGGUAAAUAAAUGCGUUGUAUGUCUAACAGUCAUAUUUCACAAGAAUAGUAGUUUAUAGGGCGUUCGAACUACAUCGUUUUGUACAUGUAUGCUAGAGUAACUUUCGUUUAUACAAUAAAAGAUCGCUAUUGUCAUGUCCUCCCAAGACCCAGCAAAAACGCAAUAGGGAAAUCGCUGACGACUCGCCACUGUACAUUAAAAUGUACUAACGUAUUUUCGGAAUCAUUUCACGUAUUAUGUACCUACAUUUUGAUGUAUACAGGGUUUCAGGAAGUUAAAAAACUCUUAAGGAAAGCCAGUGCGUGGGACACAUUUACCCCAAGACGUUUGGGACACACUAAAAGACACAAUUACCCCAAAUGUGAUUUUAACUGGGUCUAAAUUACUUCGCGUAUUAUGUACAUUUUGAUGUACACGUCAUCUUGGGACGUUCAGAAGCUCUUAGGGGUCAAAUCACACUGAAAGGUCAGCGGUCGGAGGGGAAAUUUUGUUGCAAAGUAUUCCUUAGCUUUUUGAAUCUUAACUUCUAAAUAAAAAAGUUCAAAUUGAUUUGAAGUGAUAAAAUGUACUAUAGACCGGCACCGCGAGCAGCCGCAUGGACUUGUAGCUACUAAUUCAAAGAGGGACCAUGGUAGGUCCACCGACCGCUGCGCGCCUCUGCUCUUUCAAUGUGACUAGACCCUAACAGGCAAAUGCGUGGGGCACAUUUACCCCAAGACGUUGAGGACACGUAAGAAGAUAUGAUUACCUCAAACGUACUAAGAGGUAAAUAAAAUUACUAUGGGGUAAAAAUCUCUAUAUGAUAUACUUGUCCCAAAAGUAGAACAUACUCGUUUAGCAAUAGAAGGGAUAUUUCAAAUCAUUUUCCACGAAACUAAUAUUGUAAAUUGUGUACGAUAUUGAUUUAACUUCCAUUAAUUUAUUACUUUUAAUUUUACUCCGGAAUUCUAUUUAGUCAAGUUAAAUUAUAAAUGACAAUUCUGUCAAUUGAUCUACCCAAACGCUGAAGAAUUAGUUCCUUUGCACUUUCAACAACAAUCAA